AUGUUUCUCUGUUUUUCUUCUUCCUUCUUUUCUUUUUCUUCUUCUUUGACCCAACGCCCACAUUACGCUGAAACCCCAGUGAAAGACAAUUGUUACGGUUCCUGUUCUUUUUCCGCUUCUUCUUCUUCUUCUUCUUCUUCUUCUUCUUCUUCUUCUUCUCCUUCUUAUUCUUUUCCCUCUUCUUCUUCUUUUUCCUCUUAUUUUUCUUCUUUUUUAUCUUUUUUUCCUCCUCCUCCUCCCCUUCUUCUUUUUACGCUUCUUCUUUUUUCCUUUAAUUCUUCUUCUUCUUUUUCUUCUUCAUUUUACGCGUCUUCUCCUUCCGCUUCUCCUUUUCCCUCCUUUUCUUUCUUCUUCUUCUUUUUCUUUCUUCCUUUCAUUCUUUCUUUCUUUCUUUCUUUCUUUCUUUCUUUCUUUCUCCUCUUUUUUCUUUUUCAUUUUCUACUUCUUCUUCUUCCUCCUCCUCUACUUUUUCUUUUUUUCUUUUUCUUGUUCCUCCUCCUCUUCUUCUUUUUUUCUCUUUCUUCUUCAUUUUCUACUUCUUCUUGUAAAUGUUUUUGGGAUUUCUAA